AUGCAGAAAUUCUUUGAAGAACUGCNUCUAAAGGCUCAUCGCAUUGGGUUUGUGGUCAUGUAUUCAUUCACGUUUUUCUUCGCGAAUUUCGGGCCUAAUGCCACUACAUUUGUUGUGCCUGCUGAAAUCUUCCCAGCUCGGCUACGAUCUACAUGCCAUGGAAUAUCAGCAGCAGCAGGCAAGGCCGGAGCCAUAGUCGGGGCGUUCGGAUUUUUGUACGCCUCAGAAAGCACAAAUCCCUUGAACACUGAUCCUGGCUAUCCAACUGGUAUUGGUAUAAAGAAUUCUCUUAUUGUGCUUGGGCCCGGCACCUUACCGCCCGGCGUCCAAUCUGCAGUCACUGGCGUUGCCCUUGUGGGCACCCUCGCUGGCCAGCUCUUCUUCGCAGCAGCAGGCAAGGCCGGAGCCAUAGUCGGGGCGUUCGGGUUUUUGUACGCCUCAGAAAGCACAAAUCCCUUGAACACUGAUCCUGGCUAUCCAACUGGAAUUGGUAUAAAGAAUUCUCUUAUUGUGCUUGGGUUUUGGUUAGGUUUUGGCAUUGGUGGCGAUUACCCUUUAUCUGCCACGAUCAUGUCUGAAUAUGCUAACAAGAAAACUCGUGGCGCGUUCAUUGCCGCAGUUUUUGCAAUGCAAGGUUUCGGGAUAUUGACUAGUGGGAUUUUUUCUCUAAUUGUUUCAACUUCCUUUGAUCAUGUAUACAAGGCUCCUUCUUAUGAAACCAAUCCGGCCGCUUCCACGGUGCCUCAAGCAGAUUAUAUUUGGCGGAUCAUUUUGAUGUUUGGGGCUAUUCCAGCAGCUCUUACUUACUACUGGCGUAUGAAAAUGCCCGAAACAGCUCGUUACACCGCCCUUGUCGCAAAGAAUGCAAAACAGGCAGCACAAGACAUGGCUAAGGUAUUGAAUGUGGAGCUUGACCCUGAAGAGGCCAAGUUGGAGAGAUUAACUGAAGAUCGAGCCAAUUCUUUUGGCUUGUUUUCCAAGGAAUUUCUUCGACGACACGGACUUCACUUGCUUGGAACAACUUCAACUUGGUUUUUACUGGACAUAGCUUUUUACAGUCAAAAUCUCUUCCAAAAAGAUGUAUUCUCUGCAAUUGGGUGGAUUCCUAAAGCCAAAGAAAUGAACGCUGUUCAUGAGGUUUAUCGAAUUGCGAAGGCACAAACCCUAAUUGCACUGUGCAGUACUGUUCCAGGGUACUGGUUCACCGUGGCUUUCAUUGAUAUAAUUGGAAGGUUUGCAAUCCAAAUGAUGGGAUUUUUCUUCAUGACUGUGUUCAUGUUUGCUCUUGCCAUUCCAUACCAUCAUUGGACACUAAGGCCUAAUCGUAUCGGGUUCGUAGUCAUGUAUUCAUUCACGUUUUUCUUUGCGAAUUUCGGGCCUAAUGCCACUACCUUCGUUGUGCCUGCUGAAAUCUUUCCAGCUCGGCUACGGUCUACAUGCCAUGGAAUAUCAGCAGCAGCAGGCAAGGCCGGAGCCAUAGUUGGGGCGUUCGGGUUUUUGUACGCUUCACAAAGCACAGAUCCAUUGAAGACUGAUCCUGGCUAUCCAACUGGUAUUGGUAUAAGGAAUUCUCUUAUUGUGCUCGGGUGUAUCAACUUCUUGGGAAUGUGUUUCACUUUCUUGGUGCCUGAACCGAAUGGAAAAUCGCUUGAAGAGUUAUCUGGUGAGAAUGAAGAAGAAAGUGUGGAACCAAAGGUGGAGAACAGGACUGUUCCAGUGUAG